AUGGGCCAGCACAACUACACCAAUGUGAAGGAAUUCGUUUUCCUGGAACUCACUCACUUUCAGGAGCUGGAAUAUUUUCUGUUUGCUGUCUUCCUGGUUGUGUACAUAACAACAGUGCUGGGAAACACGCUCAUUGUGGUCACUGUCACCUUUGAGUCUCGCCUCCACACGCCCAUGUACUUUCUCCUCAGAAAUAAAUCAGUCCUAGACAUUGUCUUUUCAUCCAUCACUGUCCCCAAGUUCCUGAUGGAUCUUUUAUCAAAGAAGAAGGCUAUCUCCUACAAUGGCUGCUUUGCACAGAUCUUUUUCUUCCACUUUGCUGGUGGCGCAGAUAUUUUCUUCCUCUCUGUCAUGGCCUAUGACAGGUACCUUGCAAUCGCCAAGCCCCUCCACUAUGUGAGCAUUAUGAGGAGAGAGGUGUGGUUGACCUUGGUGGUGGCCUCCUGGGUGGGAGGUGGUCUGCAUUCAAUUGUCCAGGUAAUUCUGAUGAUUCCACUGCCCUUCUGUGGGCCCAAUGUUUUAGAUGCCUUCUACUGUGAUGUGCCCCAGGUGGUGAAACUGGCCUGUACAGACACCUUUGUUCUGGAGCUCCUCAUGGUCUCCAACAAUGGCCUAGUGACUCUGCUGUGGUUCCUCCUGCUCCUCGGGUCUUACACGGUUAUCCUGGUGAUGCUUCGGUCCCACACUGGAGAAGGACGCAACAAAGCCCUCUCUACUUGUACCUCUCACAUCAUGGUCGUGACUCUACACUUCGUGCCCUGUGUUUACAUUUAUUGUCGGCCCUUCAUUACUCUGCCCAUGGACACAGCCAUCUCCAUCAACAACACAGUCAUCACUCCCAUGCUGAACCCCAUGAUCUACACGCUGAGGAACCACGAGAUGAAGUCAGCCAUGAGGAGACUACAAAGGCGGCUCUGGUCUACUGAGAGCAAUAAACUAAGGUGA